AUGGCGUGUGAGGAGAUUUCGGCCACACUCUCGGGCGUCAUGCUUAGCACCCUUGCUCUUCAGCAUCUUAACUCCAACUUGGACACGGAAGGUUUUCUGCUUGGGGAAGUGACAGAGGCAGACUCUCAAUUGAGUGAUGCUCAAGUUUUGCGUACAAUUGUCAUACAAAGAUACAUUACAUCCAUUCAGCUUUUCAGCUUUUAUAAUUCAUCUGGUGAAAUCAAUGAGCAGGCACUGGAGAAGAUCAUACUGGGCUGUGAAAAGAACGUGAUUGGAUGGUACAAAUCCAGACAUAAUUCUGACCCAAUGAUUACCUUUCGAGAGAAGGUUCUUCACAAAAAUUUACAACAGCAUCUUUCAAAUCAGGGACUCGUUUUUCUCUUACUAACAUCAAGCACAGUCACAAAAAGCUGCUCCACUCAUAGAUUUGAUUAUGCAUUACAUAGACUUCAGGAAGGACUUUUCCAUAACGUACCUUUAGUGGUGGUCAACUUGGCUACGUCAGAACAGCAGACAUAUAAUACUAUGCCAGCUUCUUGUAGAUCUGCUGGCUUUCUCCGAACCAUCCACACAUACAGGUAA